UAUGCUAGUCCUCGUGUGCCUCAUAUUUAGUGUUCUUUCUACUAUAGAAUCGUAUACCAAUUUUGCCAAUUUAACACUUUUUUGGAUGGAAAUCUGCCUUGUUGUCUUCUUUGGCGUUGAGUACCUGGUACGUUUGUGGUCUGCAGGUUGCAGAUCGAAAUACAUGGGAUUUUGGGGUCGUCUGAGAUUCAUUAGGAAACCAAUAUGCAUAAUCGAUUUAAUAGUUGUAGUAGCAUCAAUAGUGGUUCUUACCCUCGGUUCAAACGGGCAAGUUUUCGCCACUUCAGCCAUUCGAGGAAUUCGAUUCCUGCAAAUCCUACGGAUGCUGCACGUGGAUCGACAAGGAGGCACGUGGAGACUUCUCGGUUCUGUAGUUUUCAUUCACAGACAAGAACUUAUUACCACGCUGUACAUAGGAUUUCUCGGGCUGAUAUUCAGCAGUUACUUUGUGUAUCUUGCCGAAAAGGACGCUAAUGUUGGCCCCGACGGGAAAAACACCGGCGAUUUCUCCAGCUACGCGGACGCUCUAUGGUGGGGCGUCAUCACCGUAACCACCAUAGGCUAUGGAGACACUGUACCAAGAACAUGGAUGGGAAAAAUCGUUGCUUCUUGUUUCAGUGUUUUUGCCAUUUCAUUCUUCGCUCUUCCAGCCGGAAUAUUGGGUUCUGGUUUCGCAUUAAAAGUGCAACAAAAACAACGUCAGAAGCAUUUUAACCGUCAAAUUCCAGCGGCUGCGAUGUUGAUCCAAUGUCUAUGGAGAUGUUACGCGGCGGAUAAAAGCUUCAAUUCCACGGCAACAUGGCAGGUGUACUUAAAAGAUACGAAUUGCGCUGCGAUAGCAACACAACCAUCCAGCUCCAAUAACAGCAAUCUACCUCUAUCAAAGUCCCUAAUAUUGCAGGUCGCCAAAAAGGCGUCAGUGCUCAAACGACGGAAAUCCAGGAAUAGAAUGGAAGCCCCGGGAACGCCUCAGGGAGAUCCCCCGAUGCAGGUCCCCCCAAAUAGGACACCCCAAGGCGAUAACGACACCGAUGUUGUCUUUUAUAUGGAGGAACCCAAAGCAGGUACGCCGAACCGAGUCAGAAGAGGCGAAAGGGAGAGUAUAAGAGGAGCUAUAUUUACUAGCCAAACAAGUACAGUUACAGAAGCUCCAUCUGACGAAAUCGACGAUUUAGAUGGGGAACUUCCUAGGGUGACACAGUCUUUGUUUGAUAGGUUAACUGAGGCCCAUAAAAACGCGAUAAGGGCCAUAAGAAAAAUUAAAUACUUCGUGGCAAGGAGAAAAUUUCAACAAGCAAGGAAACCUUAUGAUGUUAGGGACGUUAUAGAACAAUACAGUCAAGGUCAUUUAAAUAUGAUGGUAAGGAUAAAAGAAUUGCAACGAAGGCUGGAUCAAACUCUUGGAAAACCUGGCAGUUAUUUGGCUGGGAUUGAUAGGGUAGGAAAUGUGAAACCUAUGACGGUUGGAGCGAGACUUUACAGGGUGGAGCAACAGUUGGGAAAUAUGGAUAAAAAGCUGGAUUCCUUAACCUACGUUUUGAAUGCCCUCGCUCAAAAGCAGCAAGUGGCUAUUAGGAGCCUUGAAGAUGACGUUUAAAUGGAAGUGAAAUUUAGAUUUUUGUGUGGAAAACGAGAUUACGCCGAAAUCGCGCUUCGUCCCUGUAAAAAUCAUCGAUUUCAGUCAAGUAGUAUUUUUCAAGCAAUAACACACGUUACACGCUCGCCUAUUCGAUCGAUGGUGAAAUAAUUUUCCAUUUUUUUUUCCUUAAUAACGUCGAAUAAAUACAAUUAUUAAUAUUGUUAUUACUAUUGUAAGUAAAUUAAGUAAGUUAAGAGUAGGUGGUGAUGGAGGCGUCGAAUUAUAUUACAUUCCAACGUUUAUAUAUACAUAGUUAAUCUUCUUUGGACACAAAUAUAUUAGAUUUAGAUGAGGUAUUAAUAACGUUGGUAUCAAUUUAUCAAAGAAAAUUAAUUACUGCAACCAAUGUUUGGUUUGUUAAAUUUAUCUACAGGUAGGGACGCGAUGGGUAAAUAUUAUUGGAGAAUUAUACGUUAGAGGUGAAAACCGACCUAUCACAACAAUGAACGGAAUUCAAUUGGUCGCGUUGUUGGGAUUAAAUUAUUUCGUCUGUUUAAAAUUAAACCCUUGUAGGAUUUAAAUUGAUUAUUCUCUCACUCACAUUUUACGUUUUACCAAACAAAUUUUUAUUCUAAAAUAAAAUAUCGAAUUCACUGUUCACCACGAUUUUAUCGAUCUAAAAAGUAACCAUGUAGUUUUACUUUCUCUUGCAGUCGUAAUAAUAACAAUAAAAACAAAUUUAUUCUGGCACGUCAGGUUUUUUAACUGUAUGCUAUUGUGCUGUCUUAAAAUCUUCAGUACUUUCUGAUAUCAAUGUUCUACAAUAAUCAGUUAACAUUUCACUGUUCCAGUUGCCCUAAUAACGUUUUUUAAUAACAGAAAUGUCUUGAUGAAAUCUUCUUCUUGGGAAAAGAAAUCCAAGUGCGAGUGUAAAAAAUGUAUUUUAAGGCUCUAUUAAAGCUCAGUUUAUGAUAACUUCUAAGAAGUUUGCAUUAAAAUUUGCUAUGUAAUUGUGUUUCCUAGAAAAUUUUGGGUCUCUCUCUUAAAAGCAUUCCAAGCACCACGUUCCAAGUCAUUUAAAGUGUCUUCAAAUUGUGCAUCUUGUUGUAGACGUUUAAUUUGGGAUCCUACAAAAAUUCCCUCUUUAAGUUUUGCAUUUGAAAUCCACGACCAUUCUGAUCCAUUGCUUUGACGAAAUUCUUCAUUAAACCUAAUUUUAUGUGCAAUGGCAGUAGAAAUAUUUUAUUAGGUUCCACUAAUGGCUUAUGAAGUAUAUUCUUUUGUCCAGGAAUAUGCUGAACCCUAACUGACCAAUAUUUAGCAACGUAGUCAGCAACAACCAACCUUAGACUUAAUCAGACGAUGUCACGGAGUGUUUGCAUCAUGUUUAGCCAAGGUCGGCUGCGAACGAGGCGCUGUAAUGUAUUGAGCAGCUUUGGGUUGAUAUGGUAUUAAUUGUUAUGAUUCAGCUUAACCAAACAAAACCAUACUAUUCUGUACCCGAAGUAUAAAAAGAACUGAACCUCGAUCUUGAGCGACUGCUUACAUAUCGCGAGCUACAAACAAUAUACUUUAGACACGAUAUUAUGCACACCAAUGCAUUAUGCAGUAUAUUCUUUUGUCCAGGAACACUGAGCUAUGACUGGCCAAUCUUUAAUAACAUAGUAGGAAUUUUGAGGUUACAACUUUGAGGUCAGCGCUGAUAUGCCAUUUUAGACUUUGUAAUUAAUUUUGUCUAGAGGACGAGUCAUAUUUUCAUAAGUUUCCUUUAUAUGGACUCCGUGGCCAACCGGGUUGGAUGGAUAAAGUUUUUCUACAUGAAGAACAGCUUUCAAACUCAAUUUCGAAGCACCGAUAAAAAGACGCCAUUCUUCUGGGUUAUGCUUAUUAUUGUCAGCAUCAAGUCAUCGACAUUAUUGCAGAAUGAAAAAUCUUCUUUGAUUAAAAAAUACUGUGACAGUUCUUUCUGGCCAUUACGAUACACGGAAAUAUGAGUGCCUAGAGCUAACAGCUUCCAUCCUUGAAGUCUAGAUCCUAGUAUUUCUGCUUGAGAUUUUGACAAAUUCAGAUCUCGAAUAAGGUCAUUUAAUUCUGACUGAUUUACUAAGUGGGGUUCGUUCUCUUAAGAUGGCAAAUAUUCAUCCACGCAGCCAGAAAUCUACAAAUUCCGUUGGAUGUCAGCAUCCCAAGAAUGAAGCGUAGUUGGUGAUCUACGCUUCAAAUCUAAAUUUCAGAUUUCUUCUCUUUGUUAAAGUUUGGUAACAAAUACUGCAAUCACUGCAAGCGGCACCUAGUACCGGACAUUUUCAAAACAUCCUGCAUCUAUCGCAUAUACAGCUCUCUGAACACUCAGGGAUGUCUGCACAUUCUUCAUAAGCUCACCCUCUACAGUUGGAGCACUGUAUCCAGUCUUCAUUGUGGUCCUCUAAGCACACUACGCAAAUAGUUCUUCCAAUGUUACCUUCUUUGCUUUUCCACUUCUCGCCUAUUGCUGCUUUAAACCUUUUUCCCAACCUUUUCUUUUUGUCUUUAUCAUUCUUUUCAUUCUCUUUUUCUUCAACGGCAAUUUUGUACGGUGAUGAUGUUAGAAUUUCAAUUUUUUUCACAUUUUUUUUCCUCCGAGCCGCUGACCGUUUUUUGGAAGCAUCGGGCAAUGGGGAUAAAUUAUGGACAAUCUGGACAAUAUUUGGAUCAAAGUUCUUUGAUGGCUUGGGACUGCUGAUAGUUGUUUGUAAGACAAUUCUGCAGCUCAGAAAGUUGAUGAGCUACCAGCAAAGGCCAAAUCAGUAGAAUACACGGAAUCUUCCCCGGUGCAACCUGGUGCGUUUAAAGUUUCUGGCUCUUCUAGUGGAAUAUUGGUCACGUCUGCAGGCAAAUAACCCAGGUCAGAAAAUAUAUGUCUGUCGAAUGGGUGAAUUCCUGUAUAUUUGAACCCAGAGAUCGCAAUAUCUACUCGAGCUACUUUUGUGAACGCUUCAUUGACCAAACCAGCAAUAUUGUAGUCGGUUAUACGAGAUGCUCUGAUCCACAUCUCGCAUUGUUGGUUGUAGGUAGUCUUAAAUGGCUUCAUGAAUGUUCUGUCUAGUGGUUGUAGUUUAUGGCUGGUGUGUGGUGGUAUGCUUAUCAAAUAAAUGUUGUUUUCUCGGCAAAAAUUGAUGACCGCCAGUGUCUUAUUGCUACACUGGUCGUCUAACAGUACCUUACAGUACAGUACCAACUGCAACCAAUCGCCAAUAGCUGCAACCAUUGUAAGAAAAAAUCACUAUUCAUCUUGAGAGCCUACGAUUUCGGCUGGAGCAUUAAUCAUGAGCCGAUCAUUCAUCCUUUGCCUAGGAAAUACAAAAAAUGGCGGUAUGAAGUGGCCAGAAGUGGCCACUUCAGAAGUGGCAGAAGUAAGCUUUCCUACUUGACGUACAGCCUUCGGAGCAAGAACUUUUUAAUGUUUAUGCACGCAGUUCACUCCAGUUUCAUCACAAGGUUGAAAUUUCUAUUGUGUCAUCAGUUUUUCCAAGUUAUCAUACAAAAAGAUCUAGUUGUGGUUUGUUAAACCCUACGGCUCGCAUUAUGUUCGGCGACUCAGAUGCCUUUGCAAAGUGUCAAAAAUGAUUCAAACGUAUUUUGAUAAACAAAUUCGAACGAUUUCAUAAUAUAUAUGAUUUUCAAGAAAUAAAACUUAAAGUUUUAAGAAAAAUUUGAAAGAUUUGUUAUUUUCUAAACUAAAGCAAUCGUCCAUUGGAGUUUCACAAGAAAGUUGUAAAUUGUGAAUUCUUGAAAUUGGGCACCGAUUUCUAACUACCUUUAUUAAAAAUAACCAUAAACACUUAAACAAAAAAUCAAAGCAGUAAUACUCACUUAGAUCUUAUGUGACGCAGUGCACUUCCUCUAAAAGCAGCAAUCGACUACUCCCACUGUGGUCUUUAGCGUCACUGACAUACCGCGUCUCACGAUCAUGUAUCACUUCUUUCCACUGCAUCCCCUUUACCCGUUUUUGAAUGAACAUGUUACGACUUGCCGUUUAUCUUCCAAAUUAGGGAGGAACUUUUGCCACAACUUAUAUUUUCUCUAUUUUGGAGAUAAAGUAGGAGAGGAAGGCAAAGUAUGACCAUGACCUCCCCACAUCUGUUGCCAGACUUAAAUAACGUCAUUAAUAAGUUGGUUAAAGUGUUUCGCUUCAUCAAUCCAGUAUUUUUUCUAAUGGCAAAACAAAAAUCAUACAAAAAAUUACGCAGAAAUAUGUUGGUACUAGUAUUUCUGCUUGAGAUUUUGACAAAUUUAUAUCUCGAAUAAAGUCAUUUAAUUCUGACUGAUUUACUAAGUGAGGUUCGUCCUCUUGAGAUGGCAAAUAUUCAUCAUCCUUGGUCGAUAACUCGGAAAUUUGUUGUUCUGCUUCUGUAAUGGCAUAUUCUUCGCUCAACACACCUAAUAUGUCUUGGUACUGGCAAGGUUUCUGAAUGAGGUACUGGACGAGUAGCAGAAGACACUAUCGUAACUAAUCUUUUUCUUAUUUUUGUUGGAGAACCCCAAAGUUUUCAUGCAGCAAAAGUAGCAAUUAGACAAAUGAUCCGUUUGUUCAUGCCAAAUCAUAGGUCUUGCAAGUGGCAUAGCGCUGUUCUCAGAGUAACAGCAUUCCUGGUCUUGAUUUUUAAUUUUAAGACCAAAUAGUGUCGUUGGGAAUAUAUCUUGUAAUAUUUUUUAAAAAAAAGUUGCUUUAAAAUUCUGUAAAAUUUAAUAUACUUUUAAAAAAGCUAUUUAAAAGAAUUUCUCAAAAUCCUGACGUGAUGGAACAAAUUUAAACAACAUAAACUACACGUAAUGGUGUAUGAGAAAAAUAAAUUGUGUUGGGCAGUGCAAUUAACAAACAGUGCUUUACAAAAAAUAUAUUUCAAUGAUGUAAAUAAAAAGCAAUUCUAAAAAUAAAAAGUAGUGUCUUCCAAAAUGUGUUAUUUAAACGUGCACUCGAUAAUGUACUCAAAUUCAUCAAAAAUACAAAUCAUAAUUUAACGCCUCCAAACGAACUGCGUCACAAUUUCUUUUUGUAAUGGUAGUCAAUAUAGAUUUACAUAUUUAGUAUUAAGGGUAAAACUUAUCAUGGUAAAUUGGGCACACUAUAUCGUACGAAGUAACCAAAAAUAUAAAUAUUUAAAAAAAAAUUGUAGGUUUAAAAGUUUCUAGGAAAAAAACGACUAUUCUACAAUAUUGUAUAGAUUGUGCCUCUUUAUUAUACAAAAGACCGCGUAGGGCGUUUCGUUUUUUCGAUUAAUUUUUUCUAUCUAAUCUUAGGGAAAUAUUGACUUGUUGAAUUGAUAUUAACAAACAGUGUCAUUAAUAAAUUAAAAAGACGGGUUAACAAAAAAAAAUAAUCGAUGAAUAUUUACUUUUAAUAGAGACAAUCUAUUUUUAUCCUUACGUCGUUGUAAUUGUAUCUCCAAUAAUUUUAGACGUAGUAAUUCUAGAUUUAAAAUAAUUUAUUAUUAAAAAAAAAUCUAAUAUAUCUAAUUGUGAUAUACGUAAAGAUUCAUCGAUUAACAAAGCUAAAAAGAUUAACCCCCUUUUUUAAAAAAAGCAUAAAAAACCUUAAACGAAUAUAUUUUUAAUUAAUUAAU